AUGACUACACGCUACAGAGUGGAAUACGCGCUGAAGGAGCAUCGUCGAGACGGUCUUAUUGAGUGGAUUAAGGGGCUUUUGGCGACCCCGUUUGUGCUCUACGCGGUCAAAUCGAACGGCAUUUCUGCCGUUGAUGAUUUGAUGGUCAAUUCGGAAGCGAAACGACGCUACGCGGAGAUUUUCCAUGACCUGGAACUCCUCAUCGACGACAAUAUCGAAAUGGCUAAAUCAGGUACUCCUGAACAGUCUCGUUUGGUCCAGCUAGUUCCUGGAGUUGGAAGUUUCUUCACUAGGUUGCCGUUGGAGAAAGCUUUCUAUAUUGAAGAUGAGCGACGUGCAAUUAGCAAACGACGUUUGGUAGCACCGUCUUUCAACGACAUCCGUUUGAUCCUCAACACAGCCCAGCUUUUAGAGAUGUCUCGGUGUUUCCAUUCCAAAACCUCGGAAUAUUUGAAAUUGCAACUAAUCACCUUUGAUGGAGAUAUCACGCUGUACGACGACGGCCAGAACUUUGACGCCAAGUCACCGAUCCUCCCGCACAUGAUCCAAUUGAUGGCCAAGAACCUGUACGUCGGUAUUGUCACCGCGGCUGGAUACAGCGACGGGUCCAAAUAUUACGAGCGUCUGAAAGGUCUUAUCGACGAAGUCCAAACAUCGCCGUUGUUGACCGACUCCCAAAGAGAUAACCUGCUCAUAAUGGGAGGUGAAGCCAACUACCUAUUCCGAUACAAUCACCAACAGAAACAACUACAAUUCUACUCCAAAGACCAAUGGUUGCUCGAAAACAUGCAAAACUGGUCCGAAAAGGAUAUCAUCGAGACGCUGGACUUUGCACAGGACAUCCUCAACGAACUUAUCCACAAACUCGACCUGGCUGCCAUAGUCGUCCGCAAAGAGCGUGCCGUCGGCAUGGUGCCGCUUCCGGAGGUCAAUUUGGUCAGAGAACAGCUUGAAGAAGUUGUCCUUCGCGUCGAUAAGCGUCUCAAACUCUACCCACCAUCCAAGAAGAUCAGAUGGUGUGCAUUCAACGGCGGCUCGGACGUCUGGGUUGACAUCGGUGACAAGUCGUACGGUGUACGGGUGUUACAGGAGUUUAUCAGGUCGAACGACAAGGUGGCAGCAAUGCCAGAAAACACGCUGCACGUUGGCGACCAGUUCAGUUCUCUGGGGUCUAAUGACUAUGCCAGUCGCACUGCUGCUACAACCUGCUGGGUGUCGAGCCCUACCGAAACGAAAAACUUGCUCAUCGACCUCAAUAACUAUAUCAACGAUAGAGCUACGUACUGA